AUGAUGUCCACUGCACCUGCCUUCGUAGCCCGCGACCCGCUGGGUUUCCUGCAUCCCUCACCCACCUUUUCCAACUGGAGCGUGGACGCUAUGACGGACUGCGCGCCCCCGCCGGACUGGCGUACGCUUUAUAGACUGUGGUCGCUGCCGCUGGAGAUCGGGACUGGUCUCAUGGACGCAAUGCUCAAUAGUUCCACCUUGUUUGAACCUGGCAUGUGUCUGCAGCCCAGUGCGCCAAGUUACCCCUCCUCCCCCUCGUGCGCCACCGCGCCACAUCUCCCCUUCGAGAAGCCCCAUCCGGUGUCCGAGUCCCCGUUGUCCGAUUGGGAAAGUGGAAGUGGCCACUCGUCGCUUAUGUCCACGCCAUCGUGCCAGCUGUCUCCGCUGCCUGACCUGGACGAAACGGCUUUUCUAUUCCACUCGCCACCGCCACGGAAAUCCGCGCCGCUUCCCGGACCACUAGCCUCAGCCGACAUCGCCCCCAGCUCCACACACGACUCGGCGGAACUGGCCUGCCGAGUCCUGCUCUCCGCCGGCGUCUUCUCGGCGCCCUCCCUCCCCCACACCGAUCCUGCACCGGGCGCCAACGCUCCCCGCGCCUGCGCCGCGCCCUUCCCCGGUGCAGCCGCCCCAUCGGCGCCCCGGCUGAAAACGAGCAGCCCGACGGAGCGCCGGUAUCGCUCGAACCUGCACGCGCGCAUCCUCGCCCUGCGCGCUGCCGUGCCGGCGCUGCGCGUCCUGGACCGCCGUGCGCUUUCCGACCCGUCCUCCUCUGCGCCCGUCGACCUCACGGAUAUGGACGUGAUCGACGCGGAGGGGAUGGUGGACGGCGUUAAGGUCGCGCGGAAGAACUCAAAGGCGGCCGUGCUGCUCAAGGCCACGGAGUACAUCCACGUACUCAAGAGCCGCGAGAAGCGGUACGAGCGGGAGGUCGCCGGGCUCAAGGCGCUCGUGCGCUUGGCCGUCGGCGGCGGCGAUGCGGGCGACCGCGUGGUCGAGGCGUGGGAGUCUGAGUGGGUCGCUCGCGGAGACGACCCGGCGGUGUCCGGUGCGGGUGAGGACGAGGGCGAGGACGAGGGCGAGGAUAGUGAUGACGUAGUAGGGGCGAGGAAAAAACCCAGAACGGACGCACUCAGGCCUCUAUCCGCGUGCCCUCCCCAGGUGACGAGGAAACGCGGCCGACCCCGAAAAACAGCCCCAUGUCCUCCACCGUUCCAUUCUACAGAGACAAGCCCCAAUGCAGCUGUUCAUUGA